AUGCCUGGUUUCGCAGAUUCAUUCUGGUCUCCCGACUAUGCAGCAGGUCUUGGCGUCUUAUUCGGCAAACUCCAACAAGGCGUCCUCGAGAACCGACAAAUUCUGACUGUUGCCCGCCUGCGAGCCGAAGCCGAGGAAGCGUACGGUCAGCGAUUAGGAGAGAUAGCCCCAGCGGUGAAUAAGGUGCAAGGCGGCUUUUCCAGGGACGAUGGGGCCACCAUUCGCAAGUUACUCCCCAGUUCGCUCUGUGUUGACGUCUGGUCCGUUUUUCAAACUCAGGCCUAUGAUGGCGUCCGUACCGAGAUGGAGGAUGCUGCGAAGAGCCACAAGAAGAUCGCUCACAAUAUCCGAGACCUCGUCGUUAACCCCUUCUCCCGCUGGUGCGAUGCCCACGAGUCCCGUAUUCAGGACUCUCAGGAUGACCUUCAGGCACGCAUCAAGAACCACGACCGGCAAGCCGACUUGGUGAGGAAGCUUCGGAGCAACUACUUCAACAAGUGCCGCCUGGUCGAGGAUAUUGAGGAGGAGAACAAAUUGGCCUUUCGAGACCUGGAGUCCAGUCCCAAGAAUAAUCAGGUCCCCGAAAUCAAGGUGUCUGAGAACAAGGAAGCCGAAGCCGAAGCCGAAGCCGAAGAGGAGGAGGCACUCGAAAUUGGUGACGAGGUCUACCAUCCUGACCAAGUCAAGAAGAUCCUGGCCCACAUGCUGAACACCAUACCUCUUGGCGAGCACAAGGUUCCCAUCAUGGGCACCUACCAGAACACAUCCCCCGGGACGGAUAUCGUCGAGUAUCUGCAGCGGAACAUGGGCACCACUAGCGUAAGCUAUGCUGAGAGGAUUGGCCAGGACCUCAUCUCUCAUGGUUUCCUGCGGUUAAUCGGCAACGUUGGCAACACCUUUGCCAACAGCUCCAAGAUGAUUUACCAAUGGCGUCCCAAGGCUUUUGAGAUGGCCGGCGUGCAAGAGAAGAAGCAGUUGGGGAGGACCUUCUCCAUACCGGUGUCCGACGGUAGCUCCGAUUCCCCCGUCGUGGGUACCGUCAGCGAAUACCUCGCCAACUGGAACGUCCUCGGCAACGCCCAUCCGAACGAGACCCCAGCCGAGCGUCUGCGCCGCGAAGCCCGCGAAGCCGACGAAAAAUACAAGGCUGCCGUGCGCAGGCUUGACGAGUUGCGGUGCGAUUUGGAGGAAAACAUCUACCUCCAUCUCCGCUUCCUAGAGCGGUGCGAGUUGGACAGGCUCAAGGCCAUUAAGACGGUCAUCCUGGACUUCUCGGGAACCAUCAGCAAUGCCAUCCCCAUCCUGCAGUCUGCGGUUGACAACAUGAUGCUCUUCCAAGAGACCGUCCAGCCGGCCAGCGACCUGCGGUACAUGCUCGAGAACUAUCGUACCGGAGGAUUCCAUCCGAAGGUCGUCGUGUACGAGAACUACUACAACAAGGUUGACGAACAGACCUUUGGCGUCGACCUCGAAGCCCGUGCCAAGGCCGACAAGAAGCGGGUACCGAUCAUUGUGACCACGCUCUUGACUUUCCUCGACCACCACUACCCUGAUCUAGAGGGCGAUGAAGCCCGGCGAGGAGUGUGGCUCGUCGACGUGCCUUUGUCGCAAAUCCACAAGCUGCGAGCCAAGGUAAACAACGGGAAGCCCGUGCCUCACGAGGUUUUGACCCAGUUUGAUAUUCCAACGGUGGCUAGCCUGCUUAAGCUCUACCUACUUGAACUUCCUGAUUCCCUCGUUUCGACUCAUCUGUACGAGAUCAUCCGGCAGUUCUACACAGCACCUCAAUCAGUCGACAGUUCCGAUACCUCGAGGAUAAGCGUUCUUGUGCAGACACUUGCCCAACUGCGCCUCACCAACAUUGCCACCUUGGAUGCUUGCAUGAACCAUUUCACCCGUUUGAUUGACUUGACAUCAGCCGACGAGGAGUAUAUCGCGGCACUGGCCACAUCGUUAGCUCCUUGCAUCCUGCGCCCGCGAACUGAAAGCUCGCUCACGAUGGAGGAAAAGCACGCCUACCGCCUCAUCCGUGACUUGUUCAAAUACAAGGACCCCAUCUUCGCCGAGCUCAAGCGCAUGUCCACCGUCCACUCAGGGGCUAUCGGCAGCGUCGUGGGUGGUCGUCCUCGUGCCAUUAGCACCGACGAGAGCAACCGCCGCGCCAACAUGGAGGAACGCAACAGGGCGCUGCUGGAGAAGGCCUCAGGAGGCCGGAGCCGCGCCACCAGCCCCGCGCCCAGCCCUCGCACCGGUCACCGCCGAGACCGGUCCGUCGGCGGCCCCGAGACGCGCUUCCCGAUCCAGACGAGCCCGACAUCUGCCAAUGAUCGCCACCAGGCUAGCCUGGGCAGCAUUGUCGGCGCAACGAGCGGCCUGGCCAAGCGCCAGAGCCUGGAGGUGCCGGACCUGGCAACCGACUCGUCAUUGCCGCAGGAGCGCGGCCGUGCUCAGGACAGGUCAUCGCAGCCCGUCAACGGGGCCGAGACGAUCCUGUCCAAGAUUGAGCUCAGUGACUCGCCCAUGGAGAAGCGGAACAGCCUGGGCCGCAGCGGUGCGCGCUUCGUCGGCGGGAGGAGAGUCACCGCCUCUUCUGGAUCUAACCCCAUUGUGGAACCGGAAACUCCUAGGGGAGUAACGCUGGAGGACAAGCCCAUGGUCGACUGA